GUGCGGGCUGCCUUGCUCUUCAGGACCCUCCUCUCUUCACUACGGCGCUUUUUGGCCGUCGUUCGCGAAACGUGAAGCCCUUCUGAAGAACUCCAGUCCCUUUCCCGUUGAUACGACUUAAAGGAAGAUCCUGUCUAAUACCAAACACAUAUUGGAUUUGUAUUUUAUUAUAUAUUUUUUAAUAGCCCGACGUCAUAUUAACGGCCAUGGCAGCCAGCGCGAAGCGAAAACAGGAGGAAAAACACCUGAAGAUGCUGCGGGAAAUGACGAGUCUGGCGCCCAACCGAAAGUGCUUCGACUGCGACCAGCGCGGGCCGACCUACGCCAACAUGACCGUGGGCUCGUUCGUCUGCACCUCCUGCUCGGGCAUCCUACGAGGCCUGAAUCCCCCCCACAGAGUCAAGUCCAUCUCCAUGACGACCUUCACGCAACAGGAAAUAGAAUUUCUACAGAAGCAUGGAAAUGAGGCAUGUAAACCGAUAUGGCUUGGCCUUUAUGAGGACAGAAACUUGGCAAUCCCAGACUUUAGAGACCCUCAGAAAGUCAAAGAGUUUCUUCAGGACAAAUACGAAAAGAAACGAUGGUAUGUUCCUCCAGAGCAGGCUAAGACGGUGGCGUCAGUUCAUGCGUCUGUCUCUGGUUCAUCUGCUAGCAGCGCCAGCAGCACUCCAGAGGUCCGACCUCUCAAAAUAUUACUGGGGGAAUCUGUACCCACUUUACACCUCAACAAAAACACACCUAGCCAGUCUCCGGUUGUGUCACGCACUCAGCUAACCCAGCAGCAGCAUCAGGACAGGAAGUUCGAUCUGCUCAGUGAUCUAGGUGGCGACAUUUUUGCGCCUCCACACUCGCAGUCCACAGGCAAUGCAAACUUUGCCAACUUUGCACAUUUCAACAGUCAUUCAGCAGUGCAGAAUGCAAAUUCUAAUGCAGAGUUUGCGAAUUUUGAUGCGUUCAAUAGUUCUGCUGCUCCAAAUAUAGCAGCAUUUCCAUCAGCUCCACAAGCCUCAUUUCAGCCUGCACAACCAGGAAGCUCAUCAGGACUAGCUAAUGCCAACUUUGCAAACUUCGAUAACUUCCCCAAAUCGUGCAGUGCUGAUUUCGCCUCAUUUAGCUCCACCCAGAGUAACUCUGUGGGAGAGGGGCAUAAAGUGGAAGCAGCCAGUGUCGCUGCAGACCGAUACGCAGCCCUCUCCAACGUGUUCGGCAGCAAACCUGAGCAAGGCACAAGUUCAGCCCCUCCAUCAGCAGGUGUGGGUCCCCCACCUCCGCAGGCGGCUCUGUCGGGCGGCGAUCGCUACGCUGCUCUUGCUGAACUGGACAAUGUCUUUAGUUCCUCCACACCAAACGUGAGCGGCUACAACACUGCCACCACAGCACAAGGGUCUGUGUUUGGAUCCUCUCGGGCUGUUCCUCCAGUUCAAUCACAACAGAGUUUACCCAGCAUGCCUCAGGGUUUUGGAGGGCCUUCGUCGAAUCCAUUCGUCGCACCUGGGGCCCAACAGGGCGCUCCCACUAACCCGUUCCAGGCCAAUGGAAGAGCAGUUGUACCAGGAGUGGGUGUGGCCACAGCGGCCUCUUUUGGCCCACCGUCCAUGAGCAUGCCGACUGGGUUUGGAAAUGCUGCUGCAUACAACCUUCCCACCAGCUUCAGUGGAAACUUCCAGCAGGCGUUUCCUGGACAGCCGUUCGCCCAGCAGCACGCGUAUCCCCAACAACCCAACGGAGGUUUUGCUGCAUUUGGUCCAGGUAAAGUCACUCCGUUUGGACAGAACAUGACUGCGCCUGGAGUAGCCAACAAUCCCUUCCUGGCAGGGGCACCAGCUGCACAGUUUCCUGCAGGAGGAUCAUCCUCAAACCCCUUCUUAUAGCGCUCCGGUGGGCGACCUGCGACUCGUUCGCACCUCUUGCACUGUUUUGUUUCUCAAGUAGCUUUAAAAAAAAGAAACAUCAAUUUCCUAAAUACAUUUUUAUUGUAUUUUAAGAGCAGAAGACUGAAAAAACAGCAAUGGAAUAGAUACAUGAUCCUGUCUAUGGCACAUCCAUAGUAAAAGAAACCAAAACAUGUUGCAAAAUUGUUUGGAGAAAAGGAGCUUUUCUUUUUCAUUAUUAUUAUUAUUCUUUUAAACCAUGCUCCUUUUGUCAUUCCUGUGAACUGGCCUGACCUGGAAAUCAUCUGCAUGACGUGGUGGAUUACCAAGUUAUUGCAAACCUCCUGUUCAUGUUAAUGCUGCAAUUCUGUACAGAAUUCUUUCAUAGAAAUUGCAAAUUUUUAGGUCUUUGUGCAUAUCAGUAUUUGUAUCUUUAACACUCAUACAUGUGUACACACACAUGCUGCAUAUAAGGCGCUGACGUCCAUCAUGCUGUGAAUAACAUUAAGCAAGAAUGUGGAAUCCAUAUUUUACAUCAUAGUGUCACAUUUAGUGCUUUUGGAGUUUGUGAGAAUAAGACAAAAACAUUUUUUGUGUUAAGAGGAGUUUAAACUACAAGACUCUUUUUGAAUGUCAACAACUCUUGAACUCAUGAGACUCUGACUCAAGACCACUUAUGUUACAAAAAUCUUAAGUUAAUGUGUGUGU